AUGGGGCGCAGGCUCCUGCUGCUGUGCGCCUGCCUCUGCGCCGCCGGGACGGGCUCCCGGGGGCCGCGCGGCGGAGCUGGCCCGAGCCCCGGCCUGCUGGGCGGCGAGCGUCACGGGCGCCCGCCGGAGCAGCUGGCCGUCGUCCGGGCGCUCUCCAGGAAGUACUGGAAGCUCCUGGCCUGCACGGUUUGGCAAGAGGACUGCGAGCAGGAGCAGGACCAGGAAUGGGAGGAGAUGGAGGUGAUGCAGGAGGAGGAGGAGGAGGAGGAGGAAAGGGGAGCCAGCAAGGUCGCCCUCGACCAGCCAGGCUGGAGUUUGCCUGACAUAGGCAAGAUGGUCUCCAACUGGUACUGCAGUUUUGGCAGGUGCUGCGCUACAGGAGACUGCCGCGUGAGCAACAACAUCACAGGGUUGGAGAUGGACCUGAGCAGAAGACUCCAUGGACAACACCUGGCAAAAGAGGUUGUGCUGAAGGCCAUUCAAGGCUUCCUGGAGACCCCGCAGCCCGAGAAGGCACUGGUUCUGUCUUUCCAUGGCUGGUCUGGCACAGGCAAGAAUUUUGUGGCCCGGAUAAUAGCGGAGAAUCUUUACCAGGACGGCCUCAAGAGCGAAUGUGUCAGAGUCUUCAUCUCACUAUUUCAUUUCCCCCAUUCCAAAUAUGUGGACAUAUACAAGGUCCAGCUAGCAAAACAGAUCAGCGAGACGGUGCAACUCUGUGAACAGGCGCUGUUCCUCUUUGAUGAGGCAGAGAAGCUUCACAGUGGCAUCCUGGACGGCCUAAAACCCUAUAUGGAUCACUAUGACAGAAUCGACACAGUUGAUUACAGGCGGUCCAUCUUCCUGUUCCUGAGUAACACCGGCGGCAACAUAAUCAAUGAGGUGGCCCUUGAUGUCUGGCGUGCUGGUCAAGCCAGGGAGGAAAUCACCAUGAAGUUCUUGGAGCAACGCCUGCGCACGGGGCUGCUGGAGGCCAGGGAGGAUGGCUAUGCCCACAACCACCUUCUAGAAGAAAACCUCAUAGACUUUCUGGUACCCUUCCUGCCUCUGGAGUACAGGCAUGUGAAGCUCUGUGCUCAGGACGCUUUCCUUGCCCGUGGACUUCCAUUCACCGAGGACACACUGGAUGAAGUUGCAAGGAUGAUGGUGUUUGUCCCCAAGGAGGAGAAACUUUUCUCUGCCCAGGGAUGCAAGUCAGUUUCCCAACGUAUAAAUUUCUUCCUUCCCUGACAUCCUGGGGAUUCACCUACACACAGACUACUCCGCUUCCUCUUGUGUAAGUGCUAGGCACUUGUAACAUUUAAUUGCACUGUGAAUGGACUUUACAUUUCCUUACUAUGGAAGGAGUUUGUUUAUUGGAGGAGACUAAAGAAUUUGCAGCAGAAAAGUGGACAUACUGUCAGGAAGCAAACACUAUGUAGCUGGUGUCUACAUGAGUGGUGAUGCUGAAGAGGGACAAGUGCAAUCCAAGGAGAUAACAAGACUUUUGAGCAACUCCUUUGCAUUAAUUGGACUGAGCAAGUCAUCAGGUUCAUUGUGAAAGCAGCAGCUCCCAGCUGUGUGAAGAGUAAAACUUCUUCCUUUUUUCUGUAAGACUGAAUUGCUUUGAGCAAUUAUUUGGAAGUAAAGUUCUCUGCUCCUUAAGGGUGCAGCUGAACAAGGACUAUUUGCUUGCAGUACAAGCUGCUUCCUCUUCCAGAAUCCUCGCACUGAAAUGAGGUAUUUCUUGGCCCCAAGGCUGGAGGCAGGGCACCAGGUGCUACUUUCUAAAAGUAAUUAAUACCCUCCUUUUAAAUCACACCGUGGUCCUGAGCAUAAAGACCCCAUGAAGACUACACUCAUA